AUGGUGACAUUCUUCAACGUCUACGGCGACGGCAAGUUCUACAUGAAUGUGACGGGCAUUGAGAUCAACGCAUACGGAUCGGUGGCCGCGGCCGCAGACGGACGCAUACAAGUGGACGAUCUGGAGCUCGACGUCUACACCGAUAACAUCGAGAUGGAUAUGGAGAACCUGAUGGGCGGCGGAUUCAUGGGUGGGCUCAGCAAUUCCGUGAUGAACACACUGUCCGGUCUUAUAUUCAAUCAGAUUAAGCACCGGAUGCUGGAGGAGGUGUCGGCCGACGUUAAGCGUAUGAUAAACACACAGUUAGAGCACUUGCCGUUGGAUUUUCUCAACACCAAAUCUGCCAGCGUUUUCGACAGUGUGUUGGACAGAGCCGUACUGGCCAUCAACGAGUCCGGUCUGGAGCCGAUGCCAUUGCCCGCCUUUACCGACAAAUUCAAUUACAAUCUAAUGAUGUUUAGGCUUAACGGAGAGAUUAAGGUGUUUAACGGCCAGUUGUCCGGAUUGUCGAGUUUAGUGAGAACUGGAGAUAUUAUCGCCACUUAUAGUAAUAACGAAGUGGUAUUUGAGGCCAGAAUGGGUUUCACGAACUUAACCGGUGGCUACAACUGGAACACUAAUCUCAUGGGUGGCGGUCCGUCCGGCAACUCAUCGCUAACACUGUCGGGCAUAUCGUGUUAUCUACGGCUCAAACAGUCGCUCCGGAAGGGCGCGAAGCCGACGAUCAGCUCGUUUCGGAUCGAGAAGAUUAAACAUUUGUGGAUCGAUGUGAACGGUUUGGGCAGUUGGGACUUCAUACUGGAGAUCGUGAUGAAUUUGGUGUCAAACGCAUUCAAACUAUCGCUGGCCAACGCCAUCAGUGGGCCCGUCACCGACGCCAUCCAGACAGAGCUCAAUACACUUCCCAUUAGUUUCCUAUGAGAGAGAGUGUGAGUGAGUGCGGCAGAGAGGGUGAGUGUGAGAGACGUUCAUAUCGAUAGAUACGGACACUCAAUAAUUCACUCAAUCUUUGCAUUCACUUAUACUUCUUGUCUCCUGACUAUUGGCAGUGAUUUUUGUUGUUGUUGUUGUCAUUAAAUCCAAUACUAAAUCCAUUGACGACCACUAGUUUUGACGCAAAAGUUUUUUCCUUUCUCACACUCUCUCAUACUUUUGCUGUGUAUAUGUGUUUUACCUUUUUAUUUUUGAUUUUAUUGGUUUUAUUUUUUGUGUGCCUUAUUUUCUAAGCAGAUAUUAUAUCCUUUUACGAGAUAUAAAUCGAUAAUUGAAUGAAUGGCUAAAAGCGUAUCGCAAGCAAAAUCAAACAUACGUUUAAUAGAGUAUAAUGUAAUUUAUAUAUAUUUUUCUCUCUGUAUUAUAAGAUUUCGUUUCCGUAUAUAUAAGAUGUCAUUCAUUAUACAAAUAUAUAGAUUACUCGGUAUAAUGAAUAUUUCGGGGCACAAAAAUGGGG